AUGGUAUCAAAGUUUUAUUCAUUUGCACCAACGGACAGCAAAGGGGAGCCUUACCCUUUCAAACAACUUGAAGGUAAAGUUGUUUUGAUUGUCAACGUUGCCUCUAAGUGCGGGUUCACUCCCCAAUAUGAAGAGUUGGAAAAAUUGUACACGAAAUUUAAGGAUGAAGGACUUGUUAUUCUUGGCUUUCCUUGUAAUCAGUUUGGUAGUCAAGAACCAGGCAGUGACCAGGAGAUUGCGUCCUUCUGUAAGUUGAACUACGGUGUUACUUUCCCAGUUUUGAAGAAAAUCGACGUCAAUGGUAAGAGCGAGGAGCCUGUCUACGAGUUUUUGAAGAAAGAAAAGUCUGGUCUAUUGGGCUUGAGCCGCAUUAAAUGGAACUUUGAGAAGUUCCUGAUCGACAAGCAAGGUAAUGUUGUUGAAAGAUAUUCGUCAUUGACGAAACCGCAAUCUUUGGAAUCUGAAGUUCAAAGACUGUUGAAAGAGUAG